UUGGCCUAUCUGUGAUGGCGUAUGCCGGUAGUUUUGAAUGUUAUGAAUAGUAAACAAUUAUUUUUAGUGUGUUUAUUUUCAUGUCGUAAUUGGAAUGGUUGUUGUCACACAUAUUUAUAAAAAUAGGUUAAAAUGAGUGUUGUGUUUCAAGACAACAUCGGUUGGGUUUUAUCUCACGACAUGUUCGUGAAAAGUAUUUAUGGUGAAGUCUAUGACAAUAACGUUACGUGUAGGUUAGAGUUCGACCCAGCACUGUUUAAGAUUGAAACUCCAUUUAUAAAUAAAGCACCUAUCGACUCAGAUAAUUCGUUGGGCUCAGAUAAUUCCGGUAAUUUGUGGUUUUCACCCAAGAAGAAAAGAAGAACUAACAGAAACGGCGCCGAAAGUACGAAUAACAGUGCAGAGCAAGUAGUUAAUCUUGUGGCAAACAAAUCAUCAGUUUUACUUAACAAUGCAAAGAAACAGGGUGUGUUCAAUUGUGAGCCAUCAUCAUCAGAUACCUUAAGAAGAAACGAAGAUGCUAGAAACCUAUCAGUUAUAUUUUACAAAGAAAACUCUGAUGAACAAAAUAAGACAUUUCAUGGAGCCAACAAUCAGGAGUUUCCCAUAAUAGUGUCACAUGGAGAGAAAAAGUAUGUUUUCCCACCAAGGUGUAUGUUCUUUAAUAAUGAUAUAAGCAACUUGAACCAGAAAUUGGAUGUCCUUGGGAAGUUCGAUCUGCUGCUCUUGGACCCACCUUGGUGGAAUAAAUAUAUACGAAGGAAGAAACAAAAGUCUCGUGAAUCAAGUUACAGUAUGAUGUAUGAUGAGGACCUGUUAAAAUUGCCAGUUGCAUCCUUAAUAGCUCCUGGUGCACUUGUUGCAGUAUGGUGCACAAAUUCUGAAACACACAUAAAUACAAUGAAAAAUAAAAUAUUUCCUUCUUGGGGAAUUGAGUGUGUCAGCAAAUGGUACUGGCUGAAGGUCACUCGGAGUGGUAUACCAGUUUGCAAUUUCUCUGAACCUCCUAAUAAGCAGCCAUUUGAGCAAAUACUCUUUGCACAUCAACUGUGUACACCAAGAAGUUUUCCAUUACCAGAAGAUGGAAAAAUAGUUAUUAGCGUCCCAAGUGCUAUUCAUUCACACAAACCUCCUCUGACAGAAAUACUGUCAGCAUAUCUGCCAAAUAAUGCCAAGUGUCUUGAGCUCUUUGCAAGAUACUUGCUACCUGGAUGGACUAGCUGGGGAAAUGAAGUCCUGAAAUUGCAGACUUUAUCAUUGUAUCAGUCCCAUGUAAUCUCUCGGACAGGAGAAAAUGUAAGUUUCAGCUUGAGGUUUUUGUGAAACCUCAAAAUUGAAAUUUCUCUUUUGGUUUGCAGAUGUAUUUGAGGGUUCAGCCUGGAGCAAAAGAAGUUUUUCUUGUUCACUGCUUAUCAAAGAUUUUUCCUUGCUGCUACAACCUCAGCACAUUUCCUUUAUUUUGCUAUAAAAGAUUAAUAAUGGACAAAUAUAUGCUGUUCAGUUUGUGUAAUGUGAUUCUGUUAAUUCAGUGUA